AAUGUGAAUGGAUUAACUUUUGUUUUGGGUUCCUCUAUCCAUUUUGUUUAGUUUUUCAUGUAGAUUUUUGCUGUAAUAUAGUUGAAAAACUUUUUUUUUUCCUUAGUUGAGAAAUUGUGUGGUUAUAGAAUUGUUUGAAUUUUCAACUCAAUUAAACACUAGAUUUUGAACUUUCGAGUUUGGUAUGGAUUUUGAUGGAUACAUCAAUUAAUAAUUAACAGCUGGUUUGAAUGAGAGAUGUGGCGUACGCUAGCAAAUGCGUUCAUGAAGAUGGUGUCACCUUGUUGGAGAUCUUCGGCUAAAGGCGAUGAUAGCAGAGAUAGAAAUGGUAGAAUAAAUGGGUUGUUAUGGUAUAAAGAUUUAGGUGAAAAUUUAAAUGGUGAAUUCUCAAUGGCAGUAGUUCAAGCCAAUAGUAUGUUGGAAGACCAGAGUCGAAUCGAAUCAGGGCCAUUGAGUUCAUGUGAUUCGGGUCCGCAAGGGACGUUUGUAGGAAUCUAUGACGGUCAUGCAGGACCAGAGGCUUCACGCUACUUAAACGAGCAUCUGUUCUCAAAUCUGAAGAGAUUAGUGUGGGAGCAACAGGGAAUGUCAGGUGAUGUUAUUCACAAAGCGUUUAUAGAAACAGAAGAGGGAUUCCUUUCUCUUGUAAGGAAACAAUGGUUGAGUAGACCACAAAUCUUGUCAGUAGGCUCAUGUUGUGUAGUAGGAAUCAUUUGCAGCGGAACAUUAUACGUUGGAAAUGCUGGAGAUUCUCGACUAGUUCUAGGAAGACUUGAGAAGGCUACUAGGCAAGUUGUAGCAACUCAAUUAUCAACAGAGCACAAUGCAAGUAUCGACAGUGUGAGAGAAGAGAUGCGAACAUUGCAUCCUGAUGACCCGCAGAUUGUGGUUUUGAGGCAUAAAGUUUGGCGUGUUAAGGGUAUUAUACAGGUCACGAGAUCCCUCGGUGAUGCUUAUUUGAAGAAGGCAGAGUUCAACAGAGACCCUCUCCAAUCCAAGUUUAGACUGCCACCCUUUGACAAACCGCUUCUCAGACCUGAUCCGUCGAUACUAGUCCACAAACUCAAACCCCAAGAUCAGUUUCUCAUAUUUGCAUCCGAUGGCUUAUGGGAACACCUAAGUAAUCAAGAAGUCGUUGACAUUGUCCAUCACAAUCCUCAUAACGGAAUCGCUAAGAAACUAGUUAAAAGUGCGCUUCAACGAGCAGCGAAGAAAAGGGAGAUGAGAUAUUCAGAUCUAAAGAAGAUCGAUCGAGGAGUAAGAAGACAUUUUCAUGAUGAUAUUACUGUAGUAGUUCUUUUUCUAUCUCCUAAUGUUAUCAGUAAAGCGUUAUUUCGCACACCUACGGUCUCCAUGAGAGGCGGCGGCGGCCCUACACAUCUAAACACACAUCUCAAAUGCUAGUAGUAUGCAACAAGAGUCAUAUACAAUCUUCCAUCUUCCUUCGGAUUUUCAUAUUGUAUCAAGGAAGUCAUAGAAAAUGAAUCUUCUGAUGUGUGCUGGGAUUCCCAUGAAUAUAUUUCUGCACUCAAGAAAAUCCAAAAAGAAAAAGAGUAUAGAAAUUGUUCCUUAAACGCAGGAACAUGCCUCUCAAAAAUGAUUAUCUUGUUUAUUUGUAUUUCCUGGUUGGUUGUUAUUUUGUAAUUAUUGCCUGUAAUGGCUAAAUAAAACAUUAUAGUAACUCGAGCGGUUGGAAGUUUGAGCCACUAUAUGAUAGUCUGGCUUUAGGUUAGAAUCCUUUUUGAGCCACUAUAUGAUGGUCUGGCUUUAGGUUAGAAUCCCUGCCCACAGUUUGCUUUUCAAUCUGAAAUUCAUUCCCAUGCUAUAGAGAAACGAUGCAACUUUUAUUUCACUGUAAAAUGAACCAGAUGAAGGGUAUGGUAAAAGCAUAUUCAAAUUUGAAUUA